AUGGAGACAUACCGAUUGAUUGUGGGGAUGUUACUAGUAGUUUUUGUCACUGCGGGGACAACAAGUCUGACAGACAUGCGACUUCACUUAGACAAGAAGUACGAGCGGUUACAAGAGAUAGAGGAACGAUCCAUUGAUGCGAAUAUUAAGUCCGCGAAACUCAGUUUAUCGCAAGGAGAGUCUUCUUUGAAGAAAUUGACUGAGAAACAAAAAUCACUCAACGCACUUGUGCAGAAUGCGACGAAUGCGUUGAUCGCAAUUGACCAAAACAUCACAUCGAAUGCCGCCGCCAUCUCGACGCUCGAAGUUAAACUUGAAGCUGCGAAGAAGGAGAAGUCGCCUGAGACGAAAACGAUUGCACAAGAUAUCGAACGAACAAAACGUGUUUGGAACGACGCGAAAUUGCGACACAAAGAAGUUGAAACGACAAUAAGUGGACUUCACCAAAGACUUCAGCGCAUCUCUUUUAAGAUGUCCCAACGAAUGAACUUUGAGAAAGACAUGACAAAUGCGAUUAAAAUAUUUGAAGGGCAAAAGACUGAGUUAGUUGAUCGAUUGAAAGAGGAGCGCAACGAUGAGGAACGGCACAGAACGAUUUAUUUGACUGCUUUGGAGACGAACAAGAAGUUGAAUGCUGAAGCGAAGAAGAUUGAGAACGCUCUUGGGGAGAUGACAGGGAGUGCGAGAAGUCAAGCGCACCAACGACUGAUAGCGAUCAAGUCGAUGCGAGAGAACGACCGCAAAAUCAUUCGAUUACAGAAGAGGUACAUUAGCAUCAUAGAAGAGAAAGGGAAGAGUAUUAAAGCUGCAGUGAAGCGAAUGAUGAAAGAGGGGAAUGACCAUAAAGAAACGAUUAAGAGUGCUAAUAGGAAGAUAGAAGAGCUGAAGAAGAGCAUAGAAGAGUGGAAGAAGAUGAAGAACGAGAAGCGUGUGAAUGAAUUGAAGAAUAGUAUUGAAGAGGUCAAAUACACGAUAUCAGUUGAGAACGACCGAUUUGAGAAAGUUGUCGACGAGUUUGUGACGGGGAAUUUGUAUGCGAGAAUUCAUGCGGUGCAUCGGGAAAUUAAAGAGCUGAGGACGGAGAAGAAGAUUGUGAAAAUGUUUUUGAAGGGGAUGAAAGGGAAGCGAUGUGCUGUGGAUCAGAAAGCGAUUCAAAGCAUUAGAAAGGCGAUGGUCAAGGAACAAAAGAAGUUAGAAGAACGCGUGAAGAAUGCGAAGAGUCGCAUUGAAGCGAUUCAAAUGCGAAUUACCACGUUGAAGCGACAGAAGAGGGAGAUGCGUGAAACGUUACGGAAAGUGUCACUGCGCCGCCUGAAUGAACUUCGCAAAGCGACGAAACUCGAGAAGAAGAAUGUUGGAGAGAUUAAAAAGGAAUUGAAAAACCUUUUCAAUCAAAAUAAAGAAGGGAAGGUCCAAGCGGAGGUUGAACGAAUGAAAGGGAAGUUAGUACGAGCGACGACAAGAUAUCACAAUUUGAGAGAAAUUCGAGACGAGGCGGACAGAGACGUCAAACAACUCCGCGUCGAAGAGAUCAACGAGAAGAAGGUGAAACUUUCUACACUCAAACAUUUGAUCCGAGAACUCAAUUUUAGACGGAAACAGACGAAUCGAAAGGAACAAAAGAAUCUCGCGUUAAUGGCUUUGGAACACAACGACUGCUUUAAACGAAGGAAGUUGUGGAAACAAGUCAGAGCCGCACAGGAGGAGCGGAAAGAAGUGAGCGAGCGACUUGAUCGUGUGUCGAAGAAGUAUAUAAAAUUAGCUCGGAAGAUUCGAAAUGACGAGAAAAAGGUGGUGGAAGAGCUUAAACAACGAAAUCAAGCACUUGUAGCGAAGAAAGAAGCGUUAGAGAGAGGAAUAGCUAAGAUCAAAGAGAACUUGAAGAAAGAGAACAAUGAAAAGAAGUAUAGAGAUUCAUUAGAACAGAUCACAUUCAUUACAGACGAGAUGAAAGAAGUCGACGAGGAGUUGGUGAGUGUCAGGAACGAGAUGCGCCGCAGUAAAGCAAGUCUGAUUCUAGAGAAGUACGUCAAGAAGUUUGAGGAGAAGAAAUACGCAACGACACAAGUGAAAGAACUGAUAAGAAAGCUGAGAAGACAUGUCAGUAAAGCGACAAACAAAAUCAUUCAAUUGGAAUCAAUUUAUGAGCAGACGGUCUACGACAAACGCGACGAAAUCAAAUUGAAGCUUGACGCGUUGAAGAGUGUCAAGGCGGAGAAGGAAAAGAAGUUGCGAGAAGCUGAGAAACGGUAUGAGAAGGUAUCUGGUCUUGAGGCGAAAGAAGCACAGAAGGUUGUUGGGUAUUUGAAAGCGAUGAUCGACGAGAGCGAGACCGUCCAAAAGGAGUUUUCUAAAUUAGCGAAUAAGCGCACGACGGAGUACAAGACACACUACGAGAGACUUGCACAAAUGUGUAUGAAAGAUGCUGUAGAGAUGAAACGAAGACUUGGGAAGUACACGGAGAAGGUCGAACGAUUCCAAAAGAAGAUGAUUGCAUUUGAAAGCGAAAAAACGCCAUGUAAAGUCUGUGUUGAACUGGGAAGAAGAGCAAAGGAGAGCUUGGCUAUGACACUGGACAAUAACAUGUUACUGAAAAAUGUCCAAGAACGGUGCAAGUUCUUCCCCGAGAACGAAAGACCAACAUGUUACUCAACUGCUUUUAAGGUCGCAAAGUAUGCUGCUAAUUUGUUUGACCCAGAGGAACUCAAAGUGAAACAAAUGUGCGUUGUGUUGAAGAAAUGUAGUGCGGUCUAA